CAAGCAUAAGCCCAAGAGGUAGCAUUUAAUCGGAUUUUUUUAAAAAAAACAACCACCCGAAUUUUAUUUGUUAUGCAUUCGGUCGACUCUUUCAAGAAUUUCUAAGGAUUUUUGGACCUUGCACUUUCUUUCAAUUACAGCUUUGUAGUCAACGUUUCCAAUAUGGAACUGGAUGGCGUCGAGCAACGAAACCAGAAGCUCAGUAAAGCAGAAAAAAAAUUGCGGCAAAAACAGAUGAAAGCCAGACACACCCUGUGGAAGCAUGAGGGCAUUGAGUGUGUAUCCUACCCUACCAAGAGCCUGGUCAUUGCCAACGGAGGUCUGGGUAACGGUGUAAGUCGAUGCCAGCUGCUCUGUGUGGUGGAGAAAUGCGGGCUGGUGGAAGUCCUUUUAAUGCCACCAAAUAAACCCUAUUCAUUUGUGAAAUAUGGAACGUUGAAAGAUGCCACACGCGCCUACAACUCCCUUAAUGGGAAUGAGAUCAAAGUGGAGGACUCCCUCCAAAGUGUUGUUCUUUAUUUCAACUUUGUGGAACAAGUUCCUUGGGAAGACAUGACUCCUCCAGCCUUGCCUCCUGGUCUGAGCAUAAUCGAAGAGCUGAUUUCACCUGAAGAAGAAAGACAACUUUUGGAAAGCAUUGACUGGGCAGAGGAUGAGGCCCUCCCAAACACUCAGAAGUCUUUAAAACACAGGAGGGUAAAACAUUUUGGAUAUGAGUUCCGGUAUGAUAACAACAACAUUGAUCGAGACAGGCCAUUACCUGGAGGUCUCCCAGAUAUCUGCAACACGUUUCUUGAGAAAUGCCUGAACAUGGGAUACAUUAAAGACAGUCCUGAUCAGUUGACUAUAAAUCAAUAUGAACCUGGACAAGGAAUCCCACCUCACAUUGAUACACAUUCUGCUUUUGAGGAUGAAAUAAUUUCUCUAAGCUUAGGAGCUGAGAUUGUUAUGGAUUUUAAGCAUCCAGAUGGACGUACACUAGCAGUUAUGCUGCCUCAACGUAGUUUACUAGUGAUGUCUGGAGAGUCCAGAUACCUCUGGACACAUGGCAUUACACCUAGGAAGUUUGACAUUGUUCAGGCAUCUGAAGGACAGCAAGUUGGAACCAUCACUGCUGACGCUGGAAAUUUAACGUUAAAUAAAAGAGGGACAAGGACUUCCUUCACAUUCAGGAAAGUGAGGAGAAGCCCUUGCCGUUGUUCGUAUCCUUCUGUAUGUGACAGUCAGCGUAAAGACACAGCACCUGCAUUCCCUGAUAAUGAGAGAGAAGCUUUGGAGUUAGAGAAAAAGUACGUCCACAAGGUCUAUGAAGAGAUUGCCAUGCAUUUCAGUAACACCCGGCACAGUCCAUGGCCACGAGUUGUGGAGUUUCUGAGGACCUUACCACGUGGGGCUGUGGUGGCUGAUGUUGGUUGCGGCAAUGGAAAGUAUUUAGGAGUCAACAAAGACUUGUAUAUGUUUGGCUGUGAUCGUAGCAAGACUCUUGUGGACAUCUGUGGAGAGAAAGGAUUUCAGGCCUUUGUGGGUGAUGCAUUGUCUGUGCCAAUCCGAAGUGGAUCAUGUGAUGCCUGUAUCUCCAUUGCAGUCAUCCACCAUUUUGCAACUGUGGAAAGAAGGCUGAUGACCCUCUCCGAGAUAGUCCAGCUGCUGAGGCCAGGUGGAAGGGCACUCAUUUAUGUCUGGGCUCUAGAACAAGAAUACAACAAACAGAAGUCUAAAUAUCUGAAAGGAAAAAGAGCUGGCAGUGAGAAAGAAGGGGAAAUAAUCUGCAAUACUGCAACAGACACAGGAGACAGCGGCUGCCGAGACUCACUGCAUUGCAGUGGGAACGUUACUCAACUUGAGGGCAGGCAAUAUAGUGCAAAUCAAAUUUUUCCCAAUGAGUUGCCUGUUCAUACCAACAGAACUUCCUUUGACUCUCAGGACUUGUUGGUCCCUUGGCAUCUGAAAGAUGGUACAAAGAAAAGUACAAAGCAGGCCAAGGUACAUCACCCUUCAGCCAACUCUUCAAAUGUGCAAGAUUGUCCUCCUGUUUUCCACCGUUAUUACCAUGUCUUUUGUGAAGGAGAACUGGAACAGCUGUGUAGAAGGCUCGAUGGCAUAACGGUGCAGGAGAGCUACUAUGACCAAGGGAACUGGUGUGUGGUUCUUGAAAAGCAGUAACAUGUUAACAAUAUCUUAUAGGCAAUAUUCAUAUUUGUUUGUGGGAAUGUUUCUGAAAAGAAUGUUCAUUUAGUCUUUCCUAUGUAUUUAUGAAAUAAAUACUGUUUUUCCAAUGUU